AACAAGUACUACCACCAUUAUAACAACAACAUCAACGACAAGUACUUCUACAGUCACAACUAUAGAUAUUACUUGCUCACCAGCAUGUAGUUCACAACAAACAUGUGUACUAGGUGUGUGCGUGGGUAUUGGAUAUCUCUCUUGUACUCUAACAUGGUCUCGAAUAGGAGAUGGUGAUAUUGUAGUCAGUACACCAAAUGGUAAUACUAUUAAUUAUAUGAAUAUGGGUCCAUCAAUUUCUACUGAUCAAGGUCAACUAGAUGCAGAUUGUACAAAUGGAACGGGACCAGAAAAUGUUUUCUGGUCAAGCGGUGGAUCUGUUCCACCAACAGGCACCUAUUAUGUCUGUUUUGAACCAUAUUUUUUCAAUCCGAAUAUAACUAGUGCAGAUCCAAUAUCUGUAACAAUAGACAUCAAACGCUCAAAUAAUACUAAUUUAUCUGCUACACAAAACUAUACAUCUACUAUAAGAAAUAAUUAUGCAUGUGAUGCAAAUUCAAUGACCCUUCUAAUUUCCUUUACUUAUCCUUAG